CUAAGAUUCCUAAGAGAUUGUGGGGUUCCAAAAUUGGCAAUGUUGUGUUCACCAGUGUCUACUCAGCUGCGGCUCCUUCUCUGCUGACGCCAACACACUCUUUCGAUAAUCUAGACAAUCAGGAUUGACCCUAGUAGAUCCUGAGAUGUAGGUUUGAAGAAAGGUGGCAGCACAAAAGUAUAAAUCCUCUUCAGAUUCCGUCUUCUUGACCUUCAGAACAACAAUCAAUCUCAUCAACCACUGGAACAUACUUCCUCCUUUUCUCAUUUCCUCUUUUUUCCAUUUCCUCUUUUUUCCAUUUCCUCUUUUCUUCAUUUCCUACAUCCAACUUUUUCCUUAUUUCCUUUGUCCUCUUGGUGUUUGUUCAUCUCAUUAUUCUCAUUCAACAACAUCAUCAACAUGCAAUACAGCACCGUAAUUCUUGCCGCACUUGCCGCCAGUGGUUCGCUUGGGGCUCCUCUUGACUCCCGUCAGGUUGAGGCCGGGAGCCAGACGAACGGCAUUCGAAUCACCCUGGAGGACCAAUCCGUAGAAUUGGGACGUCAAUUCACCAUCAACGGAGACGGAAACGCAGAGGUUAGGGUAGCUGUCGGAGAGCCAGAGAAGUUUGCCGCGAUCAAUGUCAGUCUGGGCGACAAUAUCAGCAACAAAGAGCUUCGCUGCCAGGCUCGGGGUUUAGACGACCAACCUAUCGUCGGAAAACGCGGCCCCGACGACAAGCCCAACAUCGAUGUGAACUUUUCCGAUGCGGGCAAAGGCCCAUGGACGUUCCUCACCGGCAAGCAGGUCGUCAAAGAAGUCGUCUGCAGCCCUGAAUUCAAGAAGAUCACCCCAGAGAAGCUUGCAGAGGGACAACAGGUCCUAGUCCAUUUCCGAAAAGAGAAGGGCGACAAUCAACCCUUCACCAUCCCCGUCAACCCAGCGGCCGAAAAGUCCACGCCCUCGAACACGAACGAGCAGUACAAGACGGUUGAGAUCGAGGUCGGCAAGUUCACUGAUCCUCAGAGCAUUCGUUGCCAGGUCUUCAGUGACCGCCGCCUUACUCGUCUCGUUAGGGGCCAGCGUGGCGAGAACAUCGAUACCAGCUUUGCCGAUGGUGACAAGGGCGAGUGGGAUUUCCUCGUCCACAGGAACGGCCAGUGGGUGUCUGGGCAGAGCAAGGUUCGCGGCGUCUUCUGCUCUCGUCAGAUCCAGCAGAAGAAUGCCGCUGGUAAUGCUUAAGCGACGAUGAAGGGGUAAUGAGUUCUUGGUCACAUUGUUCUGCGCAUCUUCUGUCUGUCAUAGAUCUUGGUUCAUUGCAUUGGGUUGGGCUGGGCUCGCAUUUUCCGGCGUUUUGCAUAUUUGUUACUUAGAAUCAGAGUACAAUGGACU